UCCACUUAAAAGUUAAUGAGCCUCCUCGCUGUCUGACAAGAGAAAGCAGUUUAGCCUUGCGAAGAAAGUCACCGUGUCACGUCGACUUGAAGUGUACAAAAAUACACAAUGAGUGAUUCUGAACAGCAACAAGAGGCUGAAAAAGUGUCUGAGCCUCAGUGGCCUGAGAAAGGAGGUGAGUGGAGUGAUGGAGAGGAUGGGACCAACAUGGACUGUGGGCUCCUGCAGGCCAUGGCUGAGGAGGAUGAGGAGAUAAAUGUCUACAACGAGGAGACGUUUGGGAUGGAUCUCGAUGCACACGGGACCACAGAAGACCCCAGCGAGACUCUCCUUAACUUUGGAGAGCCACCGCCCCCGCCUCCAACACCACCACGACCACCAUCAGACCCCAAACCUCCCUCUCUACGCAGCUCCCCCUCUCCUCCCAGACAGAGGCCACAGUAUCUGCCCCGGGCUCCCCCCGGGCAGCGUGGCAGAGGUAGGGGUCAGAGAGGAGGGCUGGGCAGGGGGCAGAUGUUUGAAGACCCAGCUGUGAUGAGGAUUGUGGAGGGGCGUCCAAGCCUCAAGAGUCUUGACAGUGCCAUAGUCGACUGUGGGAACGCCAUGUACCUGAAAACCUUUGAGGAUGAUUGGAUGGCACCCUCAUACAGAAAAACCAGACGAAUCUCAGGAUCACUACUUCAGGACAGUGCUAUAGUGUGUGUGAUUGAUGGUCGCAGAGGCAGAGGUCAGCACCUGACCUCCAACUUCCUGGACUUGCCAUAUCCUGUCUCUUCCUUCAGGGGCAGGAGAGGGGAACCCAGAGGAUCCUACUCUAGGAGACCGUUUGGCCAAAGAGGCCCCUCUCAGAUGCACGCACCAAUAAUUCCAGGAUCACCCAUCUUCUCACGUCAACCGUUGACCCCGCGGCAGCAUUACAAUCAGACGGGGGGUUUCAUGUUUCCCUCGAACCGCCCUUGCCCCUCCACUCCUCAGUCGCUGACUCCUAAGAUGAUGCAGCUUCGCUUUGGUGCCAACUCACCAAGACCGUCGCCCUUUUACAGCCCCUCGUCCAAUCCUGUGCAGCAUUUCAGGUACCCCGGUCCUGUCACUCAGCUUCACCCCCAACACAAACGAUUACUCAGUCAAAAACAGCGUGUAUUCCACAGAAAAUCAGAGGGCUGGGAUCCUUACUGUAAUCUCAUGACGGCUAAAGAGAAGGAGUGGAUCACCAGGCUGCAGAUGAUUCAGCUGCAAAGUGAGAAUCCUUACCAUGAGGAUUACUAUUACCAGGAGUACUAUCGACGAAUAGAAGCCAAGAUGGCUGAGGAGGAGCUCGGCAUCAGGAGCAAGAGGGAACCACCCAAACUCACCACACCUUACAUCACAAAGACGGACUCCUACACACCAGUGGUGCACAUUGAAGGCUCUUUGGGUCAAGUCGCUGUGUCCACAUGUUACUCUCCUCGGCGCGCCAUCAGUGCAGUUCAUGCAGUCCAAGCUCAGGGUCCACUUGAGGAACAGAAAGACACCAGACAACAGCGGUUAGAGGUCCUCAGCAAAAUAGAAAGGUUGUUCAUGGCUCUAUUGGAGGUGGAGGAGACGGAGAGGAUGAAAACCACAGUCUUGGGUGAAGAAGAGGAAAGAAGGCUGAUGGAGAAGACCCAGAGGAAGGUGGAGUACAUUUACUCCCAGCUGCAACACCAUGACCCUCUAGAUUCAGGAGGGGAGUUUCUUCCUUUCCUGUUGGUCUCAAAAGGCAAAAAGCUGCUCACCCGUCUGCUCCCGUUCCUGAGACAUGACUCUGCACUGAAAAUCUUGCGUAUUGUGACCUCUAACUUACCUACACUGAUGAGCAGAGAUACAGAAGAGGCCCUUCCAGUGCUCUAUCCACCCCUUCGAAAUGUGAUCGGAGGACUGACGUUCAGUCAACUCAUUGGGGUCCUCAAGGAUUUGACAUCAUCAGAGUCUCUAUCAACGUACGACUGCCUUACGCUGGCAUGUCAGAACAAGUUCGGAUUGUCCCUACUUUACGCACUCCUGUCCCAAGGAGAGAAGCUGUUGUCUUCAGGUGUUCCUCUCGAGCCCAGCAUUGGUGACUUUGAGACCUGGACCGACACAAUAUUCCAGGUGGCGGCGCAGCUAUCCCAGUGUUCCCUGGUGGAGCCGCUCCUUCUGCCCUCAAACCUGCUCACUCUCUUCUGCCGUUACCUGGACAAGCGGACUGUGCAUCAGCUGAAAAGCAACAUGGAGUCUGCGACCGGAUUCCUGGCUCUUCCAUCGUAAGGUGGACAGAAGCUAAUGAGAUGUUCAGCUAAUGACCAGGUUGUAAUGAGCACUAGAGUGAAAGGAGCAGAAGCACAGCCCUUUACAAAACUCCUCAGUGUUCAUUAUAACAGAAGCUCUGUAAUGCACUCUGAACUGUGUUCAAAAUGCUUUGAUUCUUAUUCCUUUCUCCCCAUCCCUCAUCCCUUCACGUUUUUGCACUCUCAAACUGUUUCCCUUUUUUAUUUCCUUUAUCUGAUCUUUUUAUGUUCCUCCCUUUGGUCUCCAGUAGGUUACGUCAGUACAAGUUACUCUGGAAUUACAAAGUUUUGUUUUUUUUUUCCUUUUCUUUUUUUUAUUAACCUUCAAAUGUUGAUCAUUUCAUGAGACUGCUAGGUAAGGUAACUGUUAAUGUUACAUUAACUAACGGAGGAGCUGAUUUACUCAUCUGGCUUCUAUCAAACCUCUACGUUUGUUUAUUUCCAAAACUAUGAUCUAAAAGCCAGUUACAUUUAGGACAAGGAAUCUGAGAUAGAUUAAAUGUGCUGGAACAGACAUAAAUAUAACUUAGAAAUGUUUUACUUAAAUUACACUGAACAAAAACUAAAAGCUGGAAGAAAUACUGUGCAAUGUAGUUUACCCAGAUUGUAAUUACACCACAAAAAAACAUAGUAAUCUUCCUCCUCUAUUACUGAUCUCAGAUAGAAUAAAACAAUACUACUCCUUCAGUUAUUGGUUAAAUACUAAAUCCUUUGCUGGUUUGAAUACCCAACUUUUCUUCUUAAGUUUUAACAUCCUGUGAUACAAAACAAUAUUGGCACAAGUUUCCAACAGUACCAUCUAAAGCCUGUUACAUUUAGGACAGAAAUUUCAGAUAAAUUUGUUGGAUAAGAUAAUGGUGACCAGGUUGAGGAUUGUGUAGUAAUUUAUGAUUGUACAGCUGAACCUAUAUUUUCAUUAUUAUAAUAGUAACCAUUUCAGGAAGUUGUCAUGGCAUGGGCCUUCAACAUAAGCCAUGCAUUUUUGGGUUUUUUGUAAAAAAAAAAAAAAAAAAGAAAAAGAAAAAAAAGAAAAAAGCAUGCAUUAUGUAAACAUUUGUAGCAAUACUAAAUAUGAUGUAUAUGAUGUAAUUUUCCAUCUUAGAUGUUUCAGUUGUAAAGAGAUUUUUAUUUAUUGUAUUAAUUUGGAAACAGUAAUAACUUAAAUUGCACCCUUGUAGAGCACUUGCAACAUAAAUAAAAAAAAAAUCUUUAAAAAUU